AUGGAUUCGGGUAUGGGAUCCGAAAACUACUACGCACACGGAGGCAAGAUAAUGCUAUCCACCGUCAUCAUUCUCUUCAUCAUCACCGUCACACUCCUCUCUAUUCACCUUCUUAUCCGAUGGCACCUUCUCCGUAAUCGCAACCGUCAACAACACCUUCGGCGUGCACGCCACAUUCGACGUCAGUCGUUUGUUUUUUACUUUGAGCACGAUGUUCCUGGCUCGCUGAGGCUUGAUGUCUCUCGCGGCCUCGAUCCCUAUGUCAUAUCGUCUCUCCCUGUGUUCAAAUAUUCUUCUGAGUCACAGCCGGAUCAGGUGGAUUGUGCUGUUUGUUUGUCGGAGUUUGAGGAAGGAGAAAUGGGCCGUGUUUUGCCGAAGUGUAAUCAUAGUUUUCAUGUUGAUUGUAUUGAUAUGUGGUUUCAUUGUCAUUCUACGUGUCCGCUUUGUAGAAAAUCGGUGGAGCUUCUUCCUGUUCAAGUAACUGUGACUCGGCCUGAAGUGACGAUUGAUGUGUGUGAACCGGAGCUGGUUUCGGGUUCGAGUUUUCGGGAAGAAACCAACGGGAUUGAACCGGAGUUUACUUCUUCUUCGUGUUCUAAUGAGAAGCAAUCUUCGUUAGUUGGCGUCACAGUCGAUGUUCCGGGAACGAGCGAGUGUGCGUGUGACUCUUCGUCGUCUUUCCGGUCGCCGAUGAGUCGGGUGUUGUCGUUCACGAGAAUUCUUAGCAGAGAGAGGAAAUCGAGCGUUUCGGCUACGUCAGACUGUGUAGUGGAGUUAGAUGCAGAACGAGGUGGAAGGGAGGAGACUCAUUGA